AUGGUCGCGGCGGGAGUGACAGCGCUCGUCGACCCACUGUUUCGCGCCGCUGCUUUUGCCCCCCGUCGGCCCCUCGACCCGCCGCUGCCUUCCCCGUUGCCCUUCCUCGUCACGCUACCUCGUCGCGACUCCCUGGCGCGGAAACAUCGAUGGUCGCAGUGGGGGGGGGGAGAGGAGAUGGGGAAAGGGGUGGCGGUCGGAGUGGCGGGAAUGGCGGGCGUGGCGGGAGUGGCGGGAAUAGCUGCUGCUCCGCCACUACACGCUACAGAUCGUCCGCGACCCGCAAGCCCGCCAGUAAGCGAACCAGCGGACCCGCCAGCCAACGAACCAGCAGACCUGCGGACCCACCAGCAGACGAACCAGCAGACCUGCGAGCCCGCCAGCAAGCAAGCCGACGGAGCCGCCGUCGGACCCCCCAGCAACCGCACGGGCACCAGCGCCAUCAGCCAGCGCCCGUGCCAACCACCAGCCAUGCCGCCCGUCCCUCCCCUCUCCCACGUCGACUGCGGCUGUGGUGGGGGAGGUGGCGUGGAGGGGGUGGCCGCCAUGAGCCCCCUGCGCUUCCCCACCCGUCCCGGCCCUGUGCGUUUGCAGUGGCAGUCGCUGUGUGGGGGAGGAAGGGGGGAAAGGGGUGACGGCGGGACGUCCGCCAGCAACAGUCGCACUGCCGCCCGUCCCUCCAUCCCUCUCCCUUCCCUUGUCGCCCUCCCUUCUGCGACUACGGCUGUGGGAGGGGAGGUGGCGUGGAGGGGGUGGCCGUCGUGA